AUGCCACCACUGCCAGUUCCCAACAGGGGCGUUAACACCAUGCCUCCACCGACAGCCAUGCCCGGACGCACAGCAAUGCCACCCCCACCACCCCCGACAGCUGCAAAGCCAGACCACAUUGUCCUUCCCUCCGACCCGGCCAAGCCUGCCCCGAUUCUGACUACAGAACAAGCCGUGUCAGAGUGGCCACGGACACCUGGGUACCAGGGGUUUAUGGGGUGGUUGAAGAGGAGAUGCGACCGCAUCAGGGGAAAGAACAUUAUCGACGGCAACGACGGUGCUUCAGAACCUACGGCGGCGCUCCUUGAUAUUCUGGACCAGAUGGUGGCAUGGGUCGAGGAGGUUCCUCCCCACCCUCAAGCUGGGCAGCGGUUUGGAAACCUCGCGUUCAGGGAGUACAUUGUUCUUGUGGAGAAGCGUCUCCCAGCUAUUGUGGCAGCGACGAGCAUGUCGGCAACUCUCCAAGGCCAGGUACUUCCCCUACUUAUCAAAUCUCACGCUUUUGGUCACCCGACACGUAUCGACUAUGGCACAGGCCACGAACUUGCCUUUGUCUUGUCCCUGUGGUGCUGCGUUGUUGCCGGCUGGGUAGCGACUGAGCAGGAGCAAGACGAACUUGUUCUCCGUGUGUUCCCUAGAUACCUCGACCUCGUGACCAAGCUCCAGUCAACGUACCGCCUCGAGCCCGCAGGCUCUCACGGCGUGUGGGGUCUUGACGACUACUGCUUCAUGCCCUACCUCCUGGGCAGUGCGCAGUUGCUUGGUGGCGACAUUUCCCCAGAUGAAGCGCUCAAGGCUGCCACGUCGUCUUCUGGCCCGUUCACCGACCUGUACACCCUCUCCCUGCACCGCAUCACUCUGUUCAAACGCGGUGCGGCUUUCAGCGAGCACUCGCCACUGCUUGACAGCCUGUCCCAGUUCCCAUCUUGGGUCAAGGUCCACUCGGGCUUGACCAAGAUGUAUCAGGCUGAGGUACUGGGGAAACGCGUCGUCGUGCAAGGUCUGUGGGUUGGCGGGUGGUGCUGGGGUGAGGACAUGCCCGCUGCCACCGAGUAUGAGAGGCGCUCGUCGGCCUUGUCCCGGAUCGGCACUGCCACGACAGCGGCACCAUGGGCUCAGCAAACCCAAGCGCCGACUGCAGGGGCUGUCCCAAAUCGUUAG